UCAAUGGAUAAGAAAUUUCUGCAGGCAAAGAUUCUCGGAAAUAAGAUACGCAUUGUGCAAGCGACAAGCGGACGCCGGGAGUCAUCCAAUGCUGGUUGCAAUGUUUGUGCAACACUGGCGGGUGCUGCUGCUUCAGUCAGUCAGUUGAUACACACGCAUGGUAGGUGCAUAGAACCGUACAGUGGUGUUACGAUACAGACAAAAGCAAAAUGCUGAACAGACUGCAUUCAAAUAAGCGUUGAAAUACUGAUAUCACACAAAGUUAUACAUCUGAAGGGAUAAAAAAUCUAACAGUGGCUGUGCCUCUAGGCAAACCACGAGUACUCAACCGUACAAUACAAGCAACACAAGUGCAACGAAACAACCUACGUGGUCUUGCCCGCCUAUACAAGCUUUCGAGAUUUAUUAAGUCAACGACACAGCGGAUAUUCAGUCGUUGCUAAGGGGGACAUUCCAUAUGAGUUUAAAAUCACGACGGGUAAAUAGAAUUUACCAACCCACCGACCAUGACGACCGCCGCACGUCCAACGUUCGAUCCCGCCCGCGGUGGUAGCGGCCGUGGCGAGAAGGAUCUGAGUGCCCUUUCCAAACAGUACAGCAGUCGCGAUCUGCCAGGACACACAAAGCUAAAGUACCGUGACCAGGGCCAGAGCACCAGCGAAGAGCUCCGCAACCGUGACUUCCGCGAGGAGCUGGAGAAGCGCGAGCGGGACAGUAAGCAGGGAAGCAAGGGAUCGGCCGUCCCGACGGCUCGCCGUGCCCUGGAGCAGGGUCCGGGCAGUGCGGGCAGCGGAAGCACCAAGCGACAGAAACUGGAGGCACCACAAAACCUUGACGCGGACGAUCCGGUGGACAGCGAGAACUCGGACACGGACUCGGACGAGGACGAUACGGCUGCCCUGUUGGCGGAGCUGAACAAGAUCAAGCAGGAGCGGGCGGCCGAGACGGCUAAAAAGGAACGCACCAAGCAGCAGGAGGACGAGCGCAUCCGAAUGGAGAACAUACUGUCGGGAAAUCCGCUGCUGAGCUACUCGGCCACUGCCAAGGCGGAGAUGAAGGUAAAGCGCCGCUGGGAUGACGAUGUGGUGUUUAAAAAUUGCGCCCGUUCCGAACCGGAGAAGAAGGCAAACCAAUUCGUCAACGACUCGCUCCGGUCAGAUUUUCACAAAAAGUUUAUGGAUAAAUAUAUUAAGUAAGUGGAUGAUAUAAUAAAUAGUAUAACGUUUUCCCCUCUUUUA